AGCGUGGGGUCCAGUCUACGUGGUUCCGGGAGAGAGACGCGUUGCAGGCUGGAUAUCUACAGUCACUCUUGUUUGCUCAGCGUGCAGCCAUGGAGCGAGGAUCAGCGUGUCGGACGUCCCUCUUCUGGAUCUCGGUUGUGUUUUACGUCGCUGGAGGUAAAUGCGACGUGUCCCACGCCCACUCCACUCUAAGUGUUUCCGUCCCCCACCUGUACUACACCUGUCCCGAGGGGGCGACCGUCAAACUGGUGUGUGACCAGCAAGGGGCCACCUUGCACCACACUGAUGCCCUGAAGCGUAGCUGGCUUUUCACGCCCCACAGCGACCAGCGCUGCAAGGGACCGGCGGGCCCACGCCACACGACCAUAGGCCAUUCACGUGGAAACCGCAGCCUGCCGGCGGGGUUGCAGUAUGGAUCUGCAGAGCACCACUUCUGGGUGAUUUUGCAGAAUGUGACCCACUCUGACCAGGGACGCUACUGCUGCAUGCUGCUAGACUUCCAGCUGGAACACAAACACGCCGCCCUCGUGCAGAAACCCCACAGCCACGUCAUCCUCCAUGUGACACCACGGAGAAAUGGGUCUCAAGACUGCACUGUCUGGGAUCCAACACCAGCAGGAGGCUCCGUGCCAGUGGCCUUGGCCGUAGCAGCCUGCAUCUUGGCCCUGCUGUCAUUGCCUCUCAUUCUGGUGCUUGUGUACAAACAGAGGCAGAACUCCCAUUCAAGCAGGCGUGCACAAGAGCUGGUGAGGAUGGACAGUGAGGCUCAAGGCCACGAAAACCCUGUGUUCCUUGGGGGAUCGCCGCAGAUAAAGACCCGCACGGUUUCUCAGAUAAUGACCAGGCAGUCCUCAGAGACAGGGCGCCACCUGUUGUCUGAGCCAGGGACCCCCCUCUCUCCUCCUGCACACGGGGACGUAUUCUUUCCAAUGGAGGACACCAUCCCCGAGUCUCCGGACUUCCUGCAGAUUUAGACGGGUUGGAACCUUGUGCAUUGCUCUGACUGCUGACCUGGAAAUAGUCCUGCAACCCUCUUUCCUCUGCCUCCAAAGUGAUGUGGGCCUUAUCAGCUGCCUCAUAAUAACUUCUGCUGGAUUCUAGUCCGCAAAUUGUCUGGACCGCAGGAGGGAACGGACUGCCUUUUCUUACUCAAAAACGUUUUCCACCAGACACAGCAGCUGCAGGCCAACUUGUGCCGUGGCAGGGUCGCUCUGCGCUCUGACAAUGACCAACAGGGGCCGUUUCUUGAAACAAAUACAGAGUGCUGAGGGUGGGGGCCCCGUCAUGGGCUGAGGUGGCAGGUCAAGAGAUAUUAAACAGUGCUGUGGACUUAAACUCAUUCAAAGGAAGAGUCUGGUUCACCGUGGGCCGUUAUGUAGUUCAAACCAAAGAGCUGCCCCCGUACUCUGGAAUUGGUUGAUUUGCGGCGUGUAACGCAUAGCAAGCCAUCUGCACGAUCAAGUGCGUGAACAAUAAUAGAAUAUAUAUUAUAUAUAUUCGCUGACAACAUAUCAAUUGGUAACUGCAGAAAAAGAACUGAAUGAUCCGUCGGUCCCUGUGAAACCAGGUUAACACAUCUCGCUCCAGUUGUAUUGCGUCAGUGGAAACCCAAACGUCGUCCUCCCCGUCAUUGUAACAAAGUGCUCUCACAGGGAGGCUCAUUGGUCGGAGAGCUCUCUACCGUGUUUGUUUCAUUACACUGUUCCUCUGUGUCAUACCCACUUGGCCUCGGCUUCUUUUCUCUUCCCUCUUUGCUACCUCAGUUACUGGCCGCUCUGCUGCUCUCAAUACUCCCCUUCCUUCUUGUACUCACAAACGCAGCACUUCACAGCGGCCUUAAAUCUAUACGAGCAUGCGGAAGUGUUUAGAAAAUAAUUAUUGAUUCUGACAGUGGAUGUCAUUUAAAGUUGAUUACAAAUAAUGUUUAUUCAUUUUCUCUUCUCUUCUCUGAAUGUAUCGCAACCACUCUUAAUCACUGCCACCGCAACAAUCCUUUUUGCUCCGAUAUAACGUGUUUGGAUUUGAUUGAUCGAGUACAUUAGUGCUCAUUCCCAUUAGUUUUAAAGUGCAAUUUGAUGUUAAUAAGUAAAUGCUAUUCAGCAGGUGUGGAGGAAUGGAAAUGGAAUGUUGAUCAAGACAAACGGAGAGAAAAUAAGAAAUGAUUAAUGAUUAUUAAUAAUUAUUCAUUUAGCUGUGUGAGACUGAUUAAGCAGUUGUUAGCAGUUUUUCUUAUUGAGGUUAAAAAUGUACAGCAGGUGCUGAAUCAUCUCCAAAAUACAUGUAGCAGGUAUGUAGAAAAGGAUCCCAUGUUUGUAUCUUAAUUGAAAUGUAAGAACUUUGAUAAGUAGUCAAAGUCUUGAAUAUUUGUGCCUGUGUGUGUUUGUUGUGUUUGUGGUGUGUGUUCUCAAAUAUCAGGUUACAGUGUCAAGAAUGUGUGUUUGCAUUGGUAUGUAAUUGUGUGUUUUAUACUGUAAAAAGCUUGUAUACAAAUACAUGGAGCAGUGCAGCAACAUCAUUUUUAUUGCGUUUAUUGCAUUUAAAGUGUCCUGGUUGUGGCUUGCUUAAUAAAGUGGAGCUCUUAAACCUUAAA